GGCGCUGGUAUCCAGCAGAGUAACGCGCAGUCUGCUGUUCCGAGUGCUGCCAGAGACAAUGGCUCCUGACUGGUGGAAGCUGUCGGCGUCGGCGGCGCUGGUGGCGGUGACUCUGGUGCUCCUGUGGUGGCGCCGCUACGCCACCAAGUUCUCCAGGGCCGGCGUGCCGUCCCUGCCGCCGCUGCCCGUGGUGGGGAACAUGCUGGACGUGGUGCUCAGCAGGAAGGCCAUGCCCGAGGUCGUGGUGGACAUGUACAGGCACUUCCAGAAACACCCCUACGCUGGAUUCUACACGUUCGCAAAGUCUCUGGUCUUGGUGAGGGAUCCUGAUCUCAUCAGGUCCAUCACUGUCAAGGACUUUGACCACUUCACUGACCACGUCGACUUUCUGAACACCGACAAGGGUCAUCCAGUCCAACAGCGGAUGCUGAUUUUCAUGAAAGGAAAAGAAUGGCACGACAUGCGGGCGACACUAAGUCCUGCAUUCACGUCGAAGAAAAUGAGAAACAUGUUCCUGCUGAUAGCAGAGAUAGGGCAGCAGGUGGUCGAAUACAUAACAAAGGAAUGUGCCAAGGUCGAAGUUUCUUCUGGAGGAAAUCGGGUAUUGACACUGGAAAUGAAGGACCUAUUCACACGCGUGACCAAUGAUGUCAUUGCGACGACUGCAUUUGGAGUAAAGGUGGACUCCUUGGCAGAACCAAACAACACAUUCUAUACAACGGGCCGUGAGCUGACAACAAUCAAAUCGGGAACGGUAAUUGGAUACAUGCUAGUGCCAAGGCUUAUGCAGUUAAUAGGUGCACAGUUCAUCAACAUGAAAGCAGUGGAGUUCUUCAGGACAAUGUUGACCGAGACUAUUAAAACGCGAGAGGAGCAGGGGAUCGUGCGCCACGAUAUGAUCCACCUCAUGAUGCAGGCCCGCCGAGGUGAACUGGCGCCAGAAGAAGGGGAGGCUAACGGCACCACCGACGGCAAAAGACGACACCUCACUGAUGAUGAUAUCACGGCGCAGGCGCUCAUAUUUUUCAUCGCCGGCUUCGACACUGUGUCGACACUGCUGACGUUCUGCAGCUACCUGCUGGCCACGAACGAGGACGUGCAGCAGCGGCUGCAGAGAGAGGUGGACGACCUGAUGCAGAAGAGCGGCGGCCAGCCCAGCUAUGAGCAGGUCCUUGGCUGCCAGUACCUCGACAUGGUGCUCUCUGAGACGCUCCGCAUGUACACGCCGCUGGCCUCCCUGGACCGCACGUGCGUGCGCUCCUACAGGCUGCCGGCCACAGAGAGCUGCCCGGGCCUCGAGCUGCGACCCGGGGACGGCGUCUGGAUGCCGGUGCUCGGCAUCCACUACGACCCCGACUACUUCCCAGACCCGGAACGUUUCGACCCGGAGCGCUUCAGUCCGGAGAGGAAGCACCUCAUCAAGCCGUUCACCUACUUCCCCUUCGGGUCUGGACCUCGCAUUUGCAUUGCCCAGAGGUUCGCGCUGAUGGAGUCCAAGGUGGUGCUCGUCCACCUGCUGUCCAGGUUCAGCCUCCAGGCGGUCGCCAAGACGCCGGUGCCGCUCAGACUCCAGCCGGACAGCGCCACGCUCACCGUCAGAGGCGGCGCCUGGCUCGGGAUUCGAAGCAGGGUCUGAGGGUCUGAGCCAGCGCCCCAGCCGCUCCUCACCACACGACGUUACACGCACUUGUAAAACGCACUGUGCCUGUGAAAUCAUACAUGCCAGAGCAAAACGGUUACUACGUCACAAAGAGCUAUGCUACUGUUUUAAGUGCAAGUGUGUCAUUUUAACUGUGCUUUUGUCUGUAGCCUCCAUAAUAUUAUUCUGUUACUUUUGUUCA